AUGAAGGAAACAUACACACUCAACAACAGAAAAAUGUCAUAUCUGAGUGCAACAAGUAAUCACACAGAAACUUCCAUCAUCAGGAACUCAAAUAUAACAAAUGAUCUUGGUCAUCCAUUUUCAGAUCCUAUAGUAGGUGAGUCGUGUAAUCAUAUGUAAUGUGAGAUGGAAAGCUUACUGUUGACGGUUACGCAAGCUCUGAUGUAACUGGUGAACAUGUAUUUUCUCUGAAGGUGGCAGAUUAAACGGGAUGUUCUACAUUCUAAUCAGUAUUUCUGGGUUUACUGUCACCAUUGUCAUUUUACUGGCAAUUCUGUGGAUGAUGAAGUAAGCUUACACCACUUGUAAAGAUAUCAAACAUUUGUACCUUUCCUAAAUACAGUAUCGGCAGUAGAUGUGAUUAUUCCAUACUGGAUGCAACCUUACUACACCAAAUACAGCUGAUAACAUAUAAUACUACUAACAUGCUUCAUACCCUUUCCAGGUAUCGCACUAUGAUUCACACCAUUCGAGAGCUGCGGGGUGUUGAGGGUCUAUUGGGCAGAGCUCCUCCAUCCAACCCCCCAGCUAGAAGUCCCCUAACCUUGAGGAAGUGUCUGGUGCGUGAGACUAGAAGCCCUCCCACACUAGAGCUUGUCUCUGUCCAUCUGGGACAGGAGUCACAGGACACCAGCUUAACCACUCCCCUGGAAAGGCAGACAACCAAGUCAGCUUCUAGGUCUCUCUGGAGACCACAGCAAACGGUAAACUUACUGUGGAGAAAAAGCAACAGUGUAAAAAAAAACAUUUAGCUGUGAAAUGGUGUAACAGUGUAGACUUCAUUUCUCAGGGUUCCUGCUUCAACACGUCUGGGCUGGGUCUACAGCAAAUCAUCAAAGCAGGGAGGGAAGGGGUGUACUACAAGGCUAAGAUGAUGCGUGGCACCUGCAAGGGCCACUUCAUUGUCACCUGCAAGAUUACCAAAGAGGGUUAUGACACACCCAUCAAGCUCACUAACACAUUCAUCAUCUAUACCAAAAAGACAAUGCACUUUAAUCCUUACAAUAAUAUCAAUCAAUGAGUAAUGCUCUCCAACCCUCACCAUCUGUAGGGAUUACUCACAGGAGGGUAGCCAGAGAGGUGAGCAUCAUGAGGAAACUGGGUACACACAAGAACAUACUGCAGCUGCUAGACUGGAACAUCACACAGGGUAAGAGUCACAUACUACACUGAACCAAAAUAUAGACGCAACAUGUAAAGUGUUGGUCCCCUGUUUCAUGAGCUGAAAUAAAAGAUCCCCGAAAUUUUCCAAACGCACAAGUUUUGUCACACAUCACAAUACCACAGAUGUCUCAGGUUUGGAGGGAGCGUGCAAUUGGCAUGCAGACUGCAGGAAUGUCCACCAGAGCUGUUGCCAGAGAAUUGAAUGUUCAUUUCUCUACCAUAAGCCGCCUCCAACGUCGUUUUAGAGAAUUUGGCAGUAUGUACAACUGAUCUCACAACCGCAGACCACGUGUAUGGCGUUGUGUGGGCGAGCGGUUUGCUGAUGUUAACAUUGGGAACAGAGUGCUCCAUGGUGGCGGUGGGGUAAUGGUAUGGGCAGGAAUAAGCUACGGACAACGAACACAAUUGCAUUUUAUCGUUGCCAAUUUCAAUGCACAGAAAUACAGUGACGAGACCUGAGGCCUAUUGUGAGGCCCGUUUUUUUUUUACGUGUCUGUGACCAACAGAUGCAUAUCUGUAUUCCCAGUCGUGAAAUCCAUAGAUUAGGGCCUAAUGAAUUUAUUUCAAUUGCCUGAUUUCCUCAUAUGAACUGUUCAGUAUCGAUUAUUUAGCGUUGAUUGUUUCUGCAUUUUGUCCCAUGGCAAAAAGUGAAAAGGUGUUGUUGUGUGUGUUUUAUUUCCCUUUACUCCAGCUCCUUACAUGCUGAUCCUAGAGUCGGUGAGCAGUGGGACCCUGCGCAGUUUCCUUCAAGUGAAUCAAGACCAACUGAGCAGGGACAGUCAACUGCAAAAUCUCUUCACCACAGCAGCAUAUCACAUUGCCCAUGCCAUGAGACACCUGUGCUCUAACAUGGUACAUUAAAAUCAUUCUAAAAAUGAUGUCAUAUAUUCCAUUUUUUCCUACAGUCCUCAUCAGUUCUGUUGCACAAUUGUUCAUACUCCAGGUGGUGCACUGUGACCUAGCCCUGAGGAACAUCAUGGUGAACCAUUUCCCCAGAGAGGUGAAGCUGGCAGAGUUUGGACUGGCCCAAGACCUGACUCACAAAAGGAGCCAUCGCAGCAGCCGCAAAGGGGACCACAUGGUGAGGAGGACUGUCUUGAAGUAACCCAGACAUUGUGACCAGGGCAUAAUGCUAUCUCUAACUUGGUUGUUCUUUGUUCUUCGGUUCACAGCAAAGAGUGCCCCUGCGUUGGUAUCCCCCUGAGUACUUCAAAAACAACUACUACAGCUUCAAAGGGGAUGUCUGGGCCUUUGGCAUUGUGCUGUGGGAGAUGCAAACAUUUGGUAUGUUGGAAAGAGCACCUGAGAUUAACUGAAUGAAAUGUAUUCACUAAUGUAUUAAUAAUGAGUCCUUAAUGAUUCAUCUUAAUCUUAGGGACAUUACCAUAUCCUAACCUGGAGGCUCCAGAGUUGGUGGUGCGCUACGUCUGCUCUGGAAACAGGAACUCAGUACCAGAGACAUGCAGGCCAGAGAUGUGAGUAAUGGUCCCCUCUCUGGUAAAUUUUUACAUGUAAUAUUCCCAGGCAUAUCUGACUAUUUGCAUGAUACUGGUGUGCUAGUAAAUGGACCCCUUUACUUCUAGACUGCAGAUGAUUAGGGACUGCUGGCUGGAGCCCAACACCCAAAGGCCCUCCUUCAACGACAUAGUCAGGGUCCUGGAGAACAUCCUGGAGGAUGAUGCAGUGAGUGUGGCUUCUUCAGUUAGCAUUCCUUCUGCAUCUCAUAUCCUUAUUAUUUACAAUUAUUUAAGAGGCAAUCUGGACAUUCAAAAUGUUACCUUUUCAUGCAGUUCCUUGUGUUUGUAUAUUGUCUGCACUGCAGGAUUACAUCAAAGUGGACAACGGAGUCCUACUGGCCAAUAUUGAAUUUGGCGACCAA